GCUUGGUUUCGUUCAUUUGAAGUCCAACCGAGUGCGCAGUCAGACGUGUGUGCCUCUUUUUCGUGUGUGCGUUUCAGAGCAGCAAGCAGCAGCAGAGAAUCUGUCAAAAAACCUGGCUGAAAGGCGAUUCUCCAAAUCCUCUGAUAAUAUUGCAUCAUAGUUUUCCAGAAACGUGAUUUUUGUUUCGUGAAUUUCAUACCCGAACCGAAAGUGCAGUGCAAAGCGUAAAAUGUUGAAGGCCGCAAAAUUCGUGACCCGCGCCCUGACGGAGAACCGUGCCCUGUUGCAAAAUGGAGGAAUCCUUCGCAACAGCAUGCAGGCCCGCCUCAAGUCAGACACAGUGAAGGGUGCCGUCAUCGGUAUCGAUCUGGGAACGACCAACUCGUGCGUGGCCGUCAUGGAGGGCAAACAGGCCAAGGUAAUUGAAAACGCCGAAGGUGCCCGCACAACUCCAUCGCACGUGGCCUUCACCAAGGACGGAGAACGAUUGGUGGGCAUGCCAGCGAAACGUCAGGCUGUUACCAACUCGGCAAACACCUUCUACGCCACCAAGCGUUUGAUCGGCCGUCGUUUCGACGAUCCGGAGAUCAAGAAGGACAUGAAGAACCUGUCCUACAAGGUGGUUAAGGCUUCCAAUGGUGACGCCUGGGUUCAGGGCGGUGACGGCAAGGUUUACUCACCCAGCCAGAUCGGAGCUUUCGUGCUGAUGAAGAUGAAGGAAACGGCCGAAGCCUACCUCAACACGAACGUCAAGAAUGCCGUCAUCACUGUGCCAGCUUAUUUCAACGACUCGCAGCGACAGGCUACCAAGGAUGCUGGACAGAUUGCUGGUCUGAAUGUACUGCGUGUGAUCAACGAACCGACGGCCGCAGCCUUGGCCUACGGUAUGGACAAGAGCGAGGACAAGAUCAUUGCCGUGUACGAUCUGGGAGGUGGUACCUUCGAUAUCUCGAUCCUCGAGAUCCAAAAGGGCGUGUUUGAAGUCAAGUCUACCAACGGAGACACUCUGUUGGGAGGAGAGGACUUCGAUCAUCACAUUGUCGACUAUUUGGUUGCGGAAUUCAAGAAGGAUCAAGGCAUUGACAUCACCAAGGACGCCAUGGCCAUGCAGCGUCUGAAGGAAGCUGCCGAAAAGGCCAAGUGUGAAUUGUCCUCCUCCGUUCAGACCGACAUCAACCUGCCAUACAUCACUAUGGAUGCCUCUGGACCCAAGCACUUGAACUUGAAGUUCACCCGUGCCAAGUUGGAGCAGCUGGUUGGAGAUCUGAUCAAGCGCACAAUCGGACCCUGCCAAAAGGCCCUGUCUGAUGCUGAGGUAGCCAAGUCGGACAUCGGAGAGGUUCUCCUGGUCGGUGGUAUGUCCCGUAUGCCAAAGGUCCAGCAAACCGUGCAGGACAUCUUCGGACGCACGCCAUCCCGUGCCGUGAAUCCGGACGAAGCCGUCGCCGUCGGUGCUGCCGUCCAGGGCGGUGUUCUGGCCGGAGAUGUUACCGAUGUGUUGCUGCUGGAUGUUACCCCUCUGUCACUGGGUAUCGAAACCCUCGGAGGCGUUUUCACCCGUUUGAUCACUCGUAACACCACUAUUCCAACGAAGAAGUCGCAGGUCUUUUCGACUGCCGCUGACGGUCAGACCCAGGUCGAAAUCAAGGUCCACCAGGGUGAGCGCGAGAUGGCCUCCGACAACAAGAUGCUCGGAUCGUUCACAUUGGUUGGAAUUCCACCGGCGCCUCGCGGUGUGCCACAGAUUGAGGUCGUGUUCGACAUCGAUGCCAACGGUAUUGUGCACGUGUCGGCCCGAGAUAAGGGAACCGGAAAGGAACAACAGAUUGUCAUUCAAUCGUCGGGUGGUUUGAGCAAGGACGAAAUCGAAAACAUGGUCAAGAACGCCGAACAGUACGCCGCUACCGACAAGCUGAAGAAGGAACGCAUCGAGGCCAUCAACCAGGCUGAGGGUGUUGUGCAUGAUACCGAAUCCAAGAUGGAGGAAUUCAAGGAUCAGCUGCCCAAGGAAGAGUGCGAUAAACUGCGCGAAGAAAUUGUCAAGGUUCGCGAAAUCCUGGCCAACAAGGAUGAGGCCGAUCCAGAGGAAAUCCGCAAGACUGUCGGUACCCUGCAGCAAUCCUCCCUGAAACUGUUCGAGAUGGCCUACAAGAAGAUGGCUUCCGAGCGGGAAAGCAGCGGAAGCAGCUCGAGCGGCAGCAGCAGUAGCGACGAUAGCGCAGAAAAGAAGGAGAACAAAAACUAAGUUAUUUUCUUUCGCCCCGUUCCUACUUCUAAUCCAACCAGAAAUCCUGUAAAAUAUAGUUGUAGACCUGAUAGUGCUUAGCCAAAUUUCGCCGGACAUUGGAGACAAACAGCAACCACGCAUCAUUAUAGGAAACACACACAAACAAAUUGCAACUUAUUUAGGAAACAAGUAGAGUUACAACUAAAAGAACCUAGUGAAUGAAGGUGUCAUGAAGUCUCGGCACUUUUGCUAGGAAGAGUUAUUGAUUGUUUGGGAAGUCGCGUUUAGCCAGUAAGACAAUUAUUUCGCGCGUAUCAACCACAAGACGACGACAUUUCGGGAUUGCAUUAAUGACAAACGUUCGUACUCGUCCCCACUUCCUCAACGGUAGGGUUUCAGAAUCUGUGUUAAUAUUUUCCUUCCUUUCGGUGGGGACCCCUGUGUUAGUGAUCUUUUUUAAUUUUAUUAUGAAACUUUUGUUACUGAGUACAAAGAUAAAAACGAGGACAAAAUAGAAAGCUCAAUUCCAACCUUGAAAUAGCUAGUUCCCUGCUCUCCCAGUGGAUUGUUACUUUGGCGGGAAAGAAAUGCGCAUCACUUUGGCUAUCGUCCUGCAUUCUCGUGUUUCGUUCGGGCGGCUUAUUGGUACGUAAGAGAAAUUAUCGAAUAAUGUUGAUCAUUAUGUUUCGACUCUGCAAACCAAAUGAUAAUAAUUAUAUUAAACGAAUUUACUCGUUUGAAAAUAAGAAUGAACUAUUGAAAAGCUGUUGUAGAUAAAAACUUCUGUGGCAUACCAGUUAUGAAGGAAGACAUCUCGCUCGAUGGGAAAGAUUUUUAUUGCAAUAUGAAUAAGAAUACCAAUUAUGUGAACCGUGA